AUGUCUACAACAUCCUACUUAGUUAUCGAUUCCUCCUCUGAGUCAUCUCCAGAGGACGCUCAAUAUUCUAAAAAAACUGAAAAGUCCAUUAAUAACUUUAAGGAACGAUCAAAAAAGCGGAAAUUUGAAUCUGUUCAGAAGAUUGAUGACCCCGAAACACCCAAGCCUUAUAAAAUAC